AUGGACGACUUCAGUGAGAUCAAGAAAGCGGUGGUGGAUCUCAACCUGACGGCGAAAGACAGCGCGUUCAACCACGGGGAGACAGAUGCAAUCGGCAGCACGGAGACAGCCCUGACCCUACAGAGGGUGGUGAACACCCUAAUGGCUGAUAAUCUGGAACUCCACAACAGACUGAGCGCUAUUGAAGCCAAAAUUACGACAAUGUACGCGGAGUUCAGCAGGGCUGAGUUCCUCCACGAAAGUAACGAUACUACCAGGGAUAGGUGCAUAAGGCCAGCCAUGCACCUUGACCCUAAAACGACCCCAAAGAGAGAUCCAGACGUGUCUCAUGGCCACACCGAGCGAUUUUCCUCCUUAGGACUAAGGACACGAGACCUCAAAGAUCAGAUGAUAGCUGAUCAACAAGAGCGGCGAGAAAGAACCCAUGAAGCCGUGGAUGAUGUUGAAGCUUAUGCAAAGGGGCAGCCGUGGUAG